CGCGGGUUCCAACCUCUCCUUGCCCUGUAGGUGUUUCGAGCGUCGUCAACCUUGGAGUUUAUGUUGCGAACCAUGAUGCUGACCAGGAGAGGAGACUCUGGAGCUGGUCGGACCGACAAAACCGAGAGUUUCGAGCGGGUUGUGCAGGAACCACUUGGUCUCGCGUUGAACUUGAGUUCGUUGUGGGGAGAUGCCGUUCUUGAAUGCAGUAGUCAGAUAAGUAGUAACGUGGGAAGCGGUUCCGAAGAGGGCGUUGAGUCCUUUGACUGCGUGAGUUUGCAAGCCAGGCAAGUUGUGUAGUCGUGUCAAGACAACAACAACAACCGUCGUGUAUGAGUAUUCCACGGCGGCCGGCCAUAUAUGACGGACAUGAUGGGUGCCUUGUGGGCCAUGACUGGGCCGAGCCGCUGUCACGGCGAGGCAGACGGCACAGCUGCGAGCCAUCUGAGGCAUCGGGAGGAGACGAAGCAGGAGACGACGACGCAUCAAUCGGUGGGUUUGGUGCAGGUCAAGUAGAGGAGCGUGGCGGCGGCGUGAGUGGGCAAAGAGAGCAAACCGCGGUGUGCUCGACGCAGUCAGAUGUGGUCAGCCGUCUUUGUUUGCGAGGUGCAGCAGAGGCAGGCCCUGUGGUAGCAGUCAGAUGCUCUCCACGCUCUGGGUGUUCUGGUCCGCGCGGGACAAAGAAGCCACGGCUUGCUCAUCUCACUCCCUUUGACGGCGAGGUGGGCGGACUAUUAUUGUUCUUGCAGAGCAGAGUCCUUGUGCGUUGGCAUUGUGUCUGGGACGUGGCUUUUGAUCAGCAGACGAAUGGGCCAGCUGCCCAGGUGGAAUUCUACGCCGCCCCACGACUGCCCGCGCAUCUUCCCCGGGCUGGCAAAGGUAACGAUGAUGAUGAUGUCUGUUGGCAGGUCCCAUUGUGUUGGGGGCGUGGACGCACGUGGUUGGUGCAAGUGGGCGUCGGCUGCUGCCGAGAAUGGCUCUGCCCCAGAGAGCCAACUAACGGCAGCUAAUUGGCAAGUGGCAGUUGUGACAGCUAGUUCACUGCCUCUCUGCCAGGCGUCCUCCCCGACGUAGGUACAGGCUCUUCAUCGGGAUCUCAUAAG